GGAUAACCUUUGUCACCCCACCCGUGAAAGAAACGCUCGUCCACGUGUGGGAUACGCUGACGUCAUCAGACAAUCAUCGGCCAAGUCACCUUGGGACGGCAACGUGCGCAGACUGUUCGGCGCAUAAGCCGCUACAAGCGCCACCACAGGAGUGGACCAUAUAUAUCCCGCACGGGCAUUACAUCGGCAGUGGGCACGGCGGCACUACUAGCAUGCAGUGCACUAAUCCUCUCAUCUUCGUUUUGCAGAUCACUUGCCUAUUUAGAUGCAACGACCAAUGCCCUGAUGACGCAAGAAGAGGCAUUGAAAGAACAGGGAGGGCAAGCACUUGCCCUGCGAGUCCGUGCGUCUGCGCCCACAGCAAUGUGAAAAGGUUUGCGCCAGCAGGGAAUCCGGCCGCGCUUUCUCUCUCGCCGCCACGGCGGCGAAAGUGGCCGCCGAGCGCCAAGCCACCGCGUCAGAAGGCAGCCGGACGGCCGAGGGAAACCAACGACGACCGGGUCGAUGAGGCUGUAGCGUGAGUGACCAAGUUUCUGCCGGCCCGGUGUGCGCACGCUGUGCUCGUUCGUGGAGGUAGCCGACCACCCGGGAAACUGCGGCACCAGUGUGGCCGACGGCGCGCACUAUACAACCAGCCGGAGGGCACGCCUACUUUCUUUCACCGGGAACUGAAUUGCGCAAUUUGAUUUUCUGCAGUGGGACUCCCGGCAGACGACGGGUAUCCAGCCUCGAAGGCAUGUCAUCGCGGCGCUGGUUCCCGGAUCCCGACCGACGAUCGGAAGGCUGGUUUCUCACCGGCAGCGCGACGCCACUGAUGGCGUUGCUGGCGUUCUACGUGUACGUCGUCAAGGUGCUGGGCCCGCGGGUCAUGAAGGGCCGCACGCCCUUCCACAUCCAGCCGCUGGUGCUCGCGUAUAACCUGUUCAUGGUGCUCAACUGUGCCUUCUUCCUCGCCGAGUUCGUUCGGCUGGCAUUUGUCGAGAACGGCUACAGCUUGCUGCUACAGGAGGUGGACACGUCCAUGCGGCCGGCUACGCUACGGCUUGUGAGCCUCUCGUGGUGGUAUUACAUGUUCCGCAUCUUCGAGUUCACCGAGACCGUCUUCUUCGUACUACGCAAGAAGUUCGGACAGGUGAGCGGCCUGCACGUGUUCCACCAUUGCGUGAUCGCGUGGAACAUGUGGAUCUGCGUGACGUACGGGGCCCAGGCGCAGACCAUCUUCGUGACGUGCAUGAACACGCUGGUACACUUGGUCAUGUACUCGUACUACUUUCUCGCUGCACUGGGGCCAUGCGCCCAACCGUUCCUUUGGUGGAAGCGGUACCUCACGCAGGUGCAGCUGGUGCAGUUCGUGGUUCUGAUGGUGCACAACUCGCUUCCGCUGUUCUUCGCGGGUCACUUCGUGCGCCCAUUCUCGGCGAUCCUUGUCAUCGAGGGACUCAUCUUUUUCGCCUGGUUCUCGGCCUUCUACCUGGGCACCUACCGCCGCUCCAAGGCAUCGGUCAUGCUUUUCGAGUGUCACAAGACUGACUGAACUGCUAACAGCAGUUUCUCGGCCUUAAGAGGAAGCUCGGCAGCUCUCAUCUAUUACAGACUUUACAGAGCAAUUUAGUCGGGCCGCCGAAGCUCAAAACUUAUAAAGUGGUUCUAGCCUGCGCAACAAUACAUGACCAGCAGUCGCAGCACGGGGCUUGUCCGAAAAUUACUAUAGUGCACACUAUCGUCAAGCACAUUAACAAAAUUCCAGCAUCAAGCGAGACAUAAUUUUGCAAAGGCAAUAGACGAUACAAAAAUCGCCUUCACAGCCACGGUGAGCACAUUGUCGUGGAGCGGAAUGCAAUAACACUAGUGCAAGUUGGUUCCUAUAAAAACGACCAGUGUUUGAAAUGAACCCGGAGUCCACAACCCACCAGAUGUGGUUCUGUCGCAUGAAACCACAUUUUCUGGUUUCAUGGCACAUGAAACCACAACAUUUUAUUGUGACUGUGAUUGAGAGCUCGAAAUCGGGUUUCACCCUGCCUGUCAAUUCCGCUACGCUGACGAUGACUUUUGUCGUCAUUAACGACAAAUUAUUUCUGUCGCCGUCAAGCUACUUCGUCAUCCCUAGUGUCCUCCACAGCCACUGAAUCUGAAAUUAAAGCCCUACCAGUCGAGCCCUCUAACCACUCACUUAUUUUUCUUUAUUACAAGGAAACAAAACAUGGCAGGGCAUUAAGCCUAACAGACACUCUGAGAGCAGUGGUAGUGUUGCGUGUAUUUCGUAUUUCAAAACGAGAACUACUGUAGUGGACGAGGAUCAUACAAUAAGGCAUCGUAUGACAGCGGUGUGUCUGCGUGCAAUUCUUCGUCGUCAUGCUCGUGAAAGAAGCGAAGGUGACACAAGGCCGGCAUAUAGACAAUCAUGAUUGUAAAUGUGCACAUCGAUGCACACGAAAGCGUCUACCUCAGCUGCAGCUGCGAAAGGUGGCCGCCCACGGAAGCACGCCUCAAAAGACGAAAAAAGAACACAAAAAAGACGACAUAGUCACGACAGACAUACAAUUAGGCAUAAAAUAGGAUUCGCUGUUCUGCACCAAAAUGCCCCGAAAAUUUUCAGCUCCUGGCCAAGGUAUACGCAAAUACACGCACCGAUUCAGCAGGAGCAAAUUUAAUGCACAUCGAAAACAUCAAUCGAAAUUAUUUCACCUAAGCAUUUGUAAUCGUUUCACAAUCCCACACGUAAGCAGUUGUAAGUCCCUAUGCUGAAUGUGUUUUACGUAUUUUCACUCUUUGCGCCAUCGGCUAUUUUCGGUACCAUCGCUUGAUCAGGCCAGAUGUUCUGCGUCAUGGGACAUAUAAUGUUUUCGCAAUAACAAACAAUGUAGCAAUACUGUCGGACUCAAUUAUAUUUAAAUGGCCAAAUGCAGAACCGCAUCAACAGAAGACAGUAACAUGAUCUAUGGUCAAACAUCUGGGAAUAAAAUUAUUCAUAAAGCCACGUAUUUUACGUAAACACUGCUCCCUCAUAGAGAGGGAGGCUGCAAGUAGUAACGUCGGAUCAUGUGUGCAAUUGAAAUUACAAUAAAUGCAUUACUAUAUUACACAAACACGAAAUUGCGUACGUCAUAAAGAGUAACAGCGCCUCUCCUGCCCACAUAUUUUCUUUCCGCCCUUGUACUGCUCAACGACCCCAUUCAGAACUUGUUCAUCUAUCCCAUAAUUACAGUUCUCAGUUAUGUAGUAUAUAUUUCCUUUCAUUUAUACUCUUAGUUUAAAUUACUAGAAUUUCAAACGGCCCUGCCCAUCGCCUCUAAUAUGCACGUUAUGACCACUGUCCAGUUCCCCAAACCAAAUAUUUGAGAACAAGCAACCAAAAAUUAAAUUUUCGUCUUCCCUGUGGGAUGCGGCAGCAGUAAAUGAGCCGAAGCUGGUCUGCUGUCUUUUUUUUUAUUCACCUUCGUUUCCUGAGGCCUCUAACGACUUCGUUUGUGUCUGGAAAUGGCAUUUAGGUUAAUGUUGGAGCACACGCCUUCCAGUGCCCAACAAGAGGCGUCUGCCGAAGUCUUGCACCGAUGCAAGACUUUGGCAGCGCAAUCUGAAUAGCUUCGCCGAGUCGGUGCUCCCUGGACGACAUCUAGCGGAGAAAUAGCAAAAAGACGAAAAGUGUCUUCCUUUCCACUCUCUGCGAUGCUCUGCGUCCUUCCAGUAUUUUUGCGCUACAACAUCAUGUCGUUUCGCAACUGACACUUUAAUCAAAUCGCGGUAACUCAUAUACAUCACACACCGUCACCACUACCGGUCCCCCAUUCCGCAGACGAACGGUUGGCUUGCCAGAAACCUCCACCCCGGGUGCCCGUACUUCAAACGUCUUUCGCUCCCGAACGAAUCGGAAGACUUCGCCGCCGGCUUCUCUCCGACACAGAGCCCAUACGCGUUUUAUAUUGCAAUAAUGUGCACGAUGCGCUCGCUUCCUUUCAUCAUAAAAAGGGGCGCAUCUCAGCAGGCAUAUAUCGGCAGUGCGCUUUGGAAGAUACUGCUGCCCAUUUCGUAAAUUUUACAUACGUAAAACUACUUUAAAUUAUCCGCGGUAGAUGUGCUUUGCUGAUCGCCAUGGGCGACUCAAUAUAGAACGAUUUCUAAGCCAUGGAGUUCUGUCCUUGCAAGUCUGCAGUUAUCGCGUGCGCAGGAGGCCGUGAACUCGGCUGACUAAAUACGCAGUCGUUGCGUCGGCCUCGCACAGCAGUUAAAACAAGUAGGGGCCAAAUUAUUCGUGGAAGUGGUCGCUUCUGUCACCCGAAAAGCGACGACACACGGGAUAUUUCCAUGCUGUGCGGCGUCGAAAGGCCUAGUCCUGGAGAGCGCAUAGCUACACUCUCUUAUACACAUACUACUAAUACAUACGCGGAAAGUUUCGCCCCCAACGAAUCGCAAGACUCCCCCACCGGCUUCUCUGCGACACAAAGCCCGUACCGCUACUCACGUUUAAAAUAUUAUGACGUGCAUAAUGCACUCACUUCCAUCACAAAAAGGGGGAAUCUCAGGAGCACAUAUUGGCAGCCCGCUUGGGAAGUUACUGCAGCACAUUUCGCAAAUCUCACAUGCCUAAAAACUACUUUUUGUCCGCGAUAGAUGCAUUUCACGUAUCGCAAUCGGUAACUCUAUAUAGAAUGGUUUCUAAGCGGUUCUAGCCUCUUUCUUUCGGAAUUCUCACGUGUGCAGGAGGCCGUGACUCGGCUGACAACAUAUACAGUCGUUGCGUCGGCCUCGGACAGCAGUUAAAACGCGUAGGGGCCAAAUUAUUGGUGGAAGUGGUCGCUUCUGUCACCCGAAAAGCGACGACACACGGGAUAUUUCCAUGCUGUGCGGCGUCGAAAGGCCUAGUCGUGGAGAGCGCAUAGCUACACUGUCUUACACACAUACUACUAAUACAUACGCGGAAAGUUUCGCCCCCAACGAAUCGCAAGACUCCCCCACCGGGUUCUCUGCGACACAAAGCCCGUACCGCUACUCACGUUUAAAAUAUUAUUACGUGCAUAAUGCACUCACUUCCAUCACAAAAAGGGGGAAUCUCAGGAGCACAUAUUGGCAGCCCGCUUGGGAAGUUACUGCAGCACAUUUCGCAAAUCUCACAUGCCUAAAAACUACUUUUUGUCCGCGAUAGAUGCAUUUCACGUAUCGCAAUCGGUAACUCUAUAUAGAAUGGUUUCUAAGCGGUUCUAGCCUCUUUCUUUCGGAAUUCUCACGUGUGCAGGAGGCCGUGACUCGGCUGACAACAUAUACAGUCGUUGCGUCGGCCUCGGACAGCAGUUAAAACGCGUAGGGGCCAAAUUAUUGGUGGAAGUGGUCGCUUCUGUCACCCGAAAAGCGACGACACACGGGAUAUUUCCAUGCUGUGCGGCGUCGAAAGGCCUAGUCGUGGAGAGCGCAUAGCUACACUGUCUUACACACAUACUACUAAUACAUACGCGGAAAGUUUCGCCCCCAACGAAUCGCAAGACUCCCCCACCGGGUUCUCUGCGACACAAAGCCCGUACCGCUACUCACGUUUAAAAUAUUAUUACGUGCAUAAUGCACUCACUUCCAUCACAAAAAGGGGGAAUCUCAGGAGCACAUAUUGGCAGCCCGCUUGGGAAGUUACUGCAGCACAUUUCGCAAAUCUCACAUGCCUAAAAACUACUUUUUGUCCGCGAUAGAUGCAUUUCACGUAUCGCAAUCGGUAACUCUAUAUAGAAUGGUUUCUAAGCGGUUCUAGCCUCUUUCUUUCGGAAUUCUCACGUGUGCAGGAGGCCGUGACUCGGCUGACAACAUAUACAGUCGUUGCGUCGGCCUCGGACAGCAGUUAAAACGCGUAGGGGCCAAAUUAUUGGUGGAAGUGGUCGCUUCUGUCACCCGAAAGGCGACGAGGCACGGGAUAUUUCCAUGCUGUGCGGCGUCGAAAGGCCUAGUCGUGGAGAGCGCAUAGCUACACUCUCUUAUACACAUACUACUAAUACAUACGCGGAAAGUUUCGCCCCCAACGAAUCGCAAGACUCCCCCACCGGGUUCUCUGCGACACAACGCCCGUACCGCUACUCACGUUUAAAAUAUUAUUACGUGCACAAUGCACUCACUUCCAUCAC